GCAGAGGAGAAUUGGGGGCCAUUUUGUGAAGAGACGAAGGCUGAGCCGUUGCAGCCGCGCGCGUUACCAACCUCGAGCAGCAGUCGGCUUCUCCACGUAGAGUACGGGAGUAGGGGAUUCAGAAUUGAAUCUCUUCUCCCUACUCCCUUCUGGUUACAAAAUCACUUGAAAUUUAUAAGUUAGUGGAACUUUGCUUGAGGGCAGCAAGGCGAACCCCAUCCCUACUCAAUGGAGCUCAGCUUUGAUUUUUAACCUCCUUUCCCCACCCUUCCAGAACACACACAUUCCCAUUCUAAAACUGAUUUUAUAAAGACAUUUUAAACAUAAUGAUGCAACUUGGUGUGCACUACAGCAAAUGUACAGUGAGAUUUUUUUGAUCUUCAGCUACAUUUUUUGGCUUUGUGAAGAACCUUACCAUCAAAGACAAUGGCCAGCAAUGUUACCAACAAGACAGAUCCUCGCUCUAUGAACUCCCGUGUAUUCAUUGGGAAUCUCAAUACUCUUGUGGUCAAGAAGUCUGAUGUGGAGGCAAUCUUCUCAAAAUACGGCAAAAUUGUGGGUUGCUCAGUUCAUAAGGGCUUUGCCUUCGUUCAGUAUGUUAAUGAGAGAAAUGCCCGGGCUGCAGUGGCAGGAGAGGAUGGCAGAAUGAUUGCUGGCCAGGUUUUAGAUAUUAAUCUGGCUGCAGAGCCAAAAGUGAACCGAGGAAAAGCAGGUGUGAAACGAUCUGCAGCGGAGAUGUACGGGUCAGUACCAGAACACCCUUCUCCGUCCCCUCUACUCAGCUCCUCUUUUGACUUGGACUAUGACUUUCAACGGGAUUAUUAUGACAGGAUGUAUAGUUACCCAGCUCGAGUUCCUCCUCCUCCUCCUAUUGCCAGGGCUGUAGUGCCCUCCAAACGCCAGCGUGUAUCAGGAAACACCUCACGAAGAGGCAAAAGUGGCUUCAAUUCUAAGAGUGGACAGCGAGGAUCCUCUUCUAAGUCUGGGAAAUUGAAAGGAGAUGACCUGCAGACGAUUAAGAAGGAAUUGACCCAGAUAAAACAAAAAGUGGAUUCUCUACUGGAAAGCCUGGAAAAAAUUGAAAAGGAACAGAGCAAACAAGGAGUAGAGAUGAAGAAUGAUAAGUCAGAAGAGGAGCAGAGCAGCAGCUCCCUGAAGAAAGAUGAGACUAAUGUGAAGAUGGAGUCUGAGGGGGGUGCAGAUGACUCUGCUGAGGAGGGGGACCUACUGGAUGAUGAUGAUAAUGAAGAUCGGGGGGAUGACCAGCUGGAGUUGAUCAAGGAUGAUGAAAAAGAGGCUGAGGAAGGAGAGGAUGACAGAGACAGCGCCAAUGGCGAGGAUGACUCUUAAGCACAUAGUGGGGUUUAGAAAUCUUGUCCCAUUAUUUCUCUACCUAGGCGCUUGUCUUAGAUCAAAAUUUUCACCAGUCCUCUCCCCUAGUAUCUUCAGCACAUGCUCACUGUUCUCCCCAUCCUUAUCCUUCCCAUGUUCAUUAAUUCAUAUUGCCCUGCGCCUAGUCCCAUUUUCACUUCCUUUGACGCUCCUAGUAGUUAUGUUAAGUCUUACCCUGUAAUUUUUGCUUUUAAUUUUGAUACCUCUUUAUGACUUAACAAUAAAAAGGAUGUGUGGUUUUUA